AUGAGCGGGCCGUCCGCGGCUUUCAAGGCUCCUCGCCUCAGUGCGCCGCCAAAGGCCGCCCAGAUCUACAAGGACCGCUCGUCCGUCCUGUCGCCCGCCCCCGCCGCCGACUGGCGCAGCUCGCCUCAGCAGUACGCCUCGGCCCCCUCCAGCAGCUUCUACGACACGCAGCACAGCAGCUCGCAAGCCGGUGCAGGGCGACGCGGCCCGUACGGCGCCGGCGGCAACGGCUUUAACGCGCCGCCGCGCCGCUCGCACGAGGGCGCCGACGCGCUCCUCGACUCGUACGGCAUCAGCCUCGACCAUGGCCCGUCUUUGUCGUCGUCCUCGUCAACCAUGCAGCCCCCACGGUCGUCGCACGCCCCUGCGCAGCAAUCAUCGCGUCCUGCGCCGCACGCUCCCGCCCAGGCGACCUCCGCGUAUCCGUGGGAGGAGCCGGUCGAGGCCCCGCCCCGCGUCGAGACCGCGCGCGGCGCCGAGAUGCGGCGCAAGCGCGAGCAUGAAGCCGCCGAGGCCGACGCCGAAGCGCUGCAGCACCGCUUCGACGCGGCCGAGCGCCUCGAGCGCGUUAGGCGCGCAGGGAUCGCGGCGGCCAGGAGGGCGGGCGCCACCUCGUCCGCCGACCCGGUGCAGGAGCGCCCCAAGACGAGCGUCGACCGGUUGUUCGACAAGCAGAAGGCGGCGACCAAGCCUGCGGCCAAGGACAAGGGCGUCGAGGCGGUCGAGCGCGCCAAAGAGCGGCGCAGCAGGGACAAGGACCAGGUCAAGGGCAAGAAGCGCGUCGUCGCGCUCGAGUCCGACAUCGAAGACAGCGCCGACGACCGUUCGCCUCGCCGCAAGCCGCACAGCGCUCCCGCCGCAUCGCGCAAGCUCGCCGGCCUGCGCGGCCACUUCGACUCGGCGGCGCCUCCUGUCCUGUCGCAGUCGCCCUCGCCCGAGGUCGUCGCCGAGGUGCUGCCGACGCUCGAGGACAUGCUCAAGGAGGAGCACGCUGCCGAGCGAAAGCGGCGCAAGGGCAAGGGGCGCGCGACGAGCGAGCGGGACGACGAGCGCGACUCGGAGCGAGUCGAGAAGGGCAGGGAGAGGAGCUCGCGGGACGAGGCGUUCCACUACGACGCCCUGCUCGACGAGGACGACGACGACCUGCCCGACUCGUCGACCCUGUGCCCCUUCUGCGACACCCCCUUGCCCGACUCGCCCUCGCCCCAGCUCCUCGCGACCCGGGCCGCCCUCCUCCGCCACCCGCACGACCGCCGCCCGACGCUGCGCAACAAGGACGCCGUGCGCUUCCCCGAGGGCGAGCACGUCGUGCGCACGGCCGCGUUCUGCAAGAUGCACGUCGAUGAGCGCACGAUCGUGCCCGAGGGCAGGGCGCGAGGGUACCCGACGAGCAUCAAGUGGGACGAGCUGCCGAGACGCAUCGACCGAGAGCUCGGCGCGCACCUGUCGGACGUCAUCAUCGGCCAGGUGUCGAGCCCGUUCCUCGCCCGAGCGCGCGACGCAUGGGACGCCGGCGAGUGGAAGAGCGUCCUGAGCGAGUACGGCAGCUUUGACGUUGAGGAGCCCGGCUACUACGGCCCUCGAGGUCUCGAACUCAUCAAGCAGACCCUGACGGCCCUGUUCGUCGACGAGUCGCCCCUCAUCACGCCGCGCCGCACGGCCCCGCUCACGGUCGACUUCUACCUGCGCCGCGUCCUCGUCCCCGAGUGCGCCGUCGAGCUCAUCCGCCUCGACCUCGCCUCGUCGACGGCGCCUCCUUCCACGCGCCGCGACAGCGAGACGCUGCGCGCCCAGGCUGAGCGCGUGCGCGCCGAGAGCCGCGCAUACGGCCGGGCCGUGUUCCCGCACGAGAACGAGGCCGAGGAGCGCCGCGAGGCGGCGGCGGCGCCGGCCCUCUCGCAGGCCGUCGUGCCGGUCAAGGCCGACGGGGCGGGCGGCGCGCAGGGUCGCUCGUCGGCGAAGAGGGGCCGGGACGAGCGCGAGCGCGAGCGGGACGAGGCGUCGCCGGCCAAGAAGAAGAAGAAGCGCAAGCGCGUCUCGAGCUCGAGCGAGGACAGCGACGGCAUCGAGGUCGUCGAGCGGGCGCCGGCGCGCGUGCCCAAGGCCGUCGUCGCCGUGGCGGACCGUGCGCCGGCCACGGGCCGCGCCUUCCGGGUGCCCAAGGCCCAGGGGCAGGCGCGCUCGACUGCCGCCUCGGCGGCAUCGUCGUCGGCAUCGUCGUCGUCGUCGGCUACGCCAAGGGCUGCUGCGCUGCCGAGCGUCACGAGCGCGCGCAAGAGCAUGGUGGUCCGGGACGACUCGGACUCGGACGACGAGCUCCUCAUCGUCUCGCCUCAGCCGCCCGCGCCGUCGCCUCGCAAGAAGGACAAGAAGAAGAAGAAGGUGGACAAGGAGCACAAGGACCGCGACCGCGACCGCGAGCGCGAGCGCAAGAAGCACAAGAAGGCUCGCCGCUCGUCGCCCGCCUCGUCGCCCGCCCUCGGCCUCUUCCCUCCCUCUUCCUCUCUCCCUCCCUCGUCCCUCGCCCAUGACACCCGUCCGACCGAGGACGAGGCCAAGCUCGCACGUCUCGCGGCCGCGCUCGACCCGUCGGUCGACGACGACCUCGCCGAGGUUCCGUUCAACGCCGGGUCGUUUGCGCGCGACAACCGCAAGCGCGAGGCGCGCGAGAAGAAGGAGCGGCGCGACAAGAAGAAGCGCGAGCGGCUGAGGAAGAAGGGCAAGGGGGCGAGAGGCGGCGGGAGCUCGUCGUCGUCGAGUAGCGACGAGGCCUGAGCGGGAGCAAUGCAGCGAAGCGCUUUCGUGACCUCUCC